AUGGAUCCCACCAAGACCAAUGGAGAAUGGAGUGCCUCUGAGAUUAAGAUGGUCAAAUCACUCAUCGCUAGGUACAAAGCCAACAAAAAUUACACAGCUGACAUGAACAAGAAGCAUAGUGACAUUAUCAAUGAAGUCCAUGCAAUGUUCCCCUUGAAGGAGAGGCUUCAAGUAAUAAGCUUGUAUGCUGAUCUCAUAGUGGAGAUGAUGCAAAGCACCACCGACAACAGCUCCUACUACUUUGUGGCAGCAAGCAGGGACCUUGUGAACAACAACUUUGAAAUUCCAGUGGAGGAUCCAGCCAUAGACAACAUGAGGGUGUCACAAGCGGUGCCAUUAAGGCAGUCUGCUCCUCGUAUGCAGAGGCUGCGCACCGGAUUUUGGACCAUGCCAGAGCACAGGUUAUUCCUUCGCGGUCUGCAAGUUUACGGCCGUGGCAACUGGAAGAACAUCUCUAAGUACUUUGUCACCACCAGGACACCAGUGCAAGUCUCCAGCCAUGCCCAAAAGUACUUUCGGAGGAUAGGGAAUAAUGCCCACAAGCAACGCUAUAGCAUCAAUGACAUUGGCCUUUACGAUGCUGAGCCCUGGGCGCAGAACAACAAUUCCGACUGGGAGGGGUUCAUCACCAGCGGUGCCUACAACUCAAACCACAUUGGAGCUGGUGGCCAGCAUGCCACUAUGAACAACCUGGCUCAAGUUCAGCCGCCCAUACUUUAUCAUGCCAGCCAAGCCAGUAGCAGCAGCCAGGUGGCCACCUUGGCUAUUGACAAGAAGAUUGGGGCUGCCAGUUCUUCUGUGGCUCUAGUGAUAGAGGGGGCUGGGUCCUCCCAGGCAGCUUGUCUUGGUGAUCAGCUGGGAGAUUUCCUUUCUGACUGA